AUGACUCAAAGUCAGAAAUCACAUCUAGUCUCACGAUCAACGAACCAAUGGUCUAAGCUUUUAGACAGGCUUGGGCAAUGGUUUGAGCGGCAACCUAUGUAUCGGUUCGCUCAUGUCUUGCAUGGGGAGGACGGGGAAGACGGGCCUACGAGGACAGACAUAACCAGGGUGAUUUUCGGCUGUAUUUGCCUGGCCUGA